CCCCGUCACCAUUUCACUGUUGGCGCUUCCUCCAGUUUUCCGCGCCCACCAUUUUCCUUCUGCAACGCCCUAACAAUUUACAUUCUCCCUGUCUCUAUAAAUAUUCAUUCUCCUUCCAUACACAUCCAUGAAACACCAUUUAUUUCUGCAAUCUGCAUUCCCCCUCGGAAAGACAAAACCCCAAAAAUACGGUUCAGAAUGAGUUGUAUCAGAAUUUCAGUUUCCCCAAAUGCUUCAGCCAUAGGAAGCGCUGGUUCUAUGGAUUUAGCGACUAUCAGGCGAAAAGGAGGCCCUGCAAAUAUCAGAUGGAAGCCCUCUUUCAAUGUAAUUAGGGCAGCGCAGGUUUGCGGGGCCGAGUAUCAAUCGGCUCCUGCAAUCGAAGCCGGCGAUCACAUGAAAAAUGCAGGGACUCUGUACGAAGUGCUGGGGCUAAGCCGCGGGGCUACCGCACAGGACAUAAAGAGGGCUUACAGAAAAAUGGCGCUGCAAUUUCACCCAGACGCCGCAGCUUCUUCUCAAGGCAAGAAUAUCUCCACCGAAAUGUUUCUGCAAAUACACAGUGCCUAUGCCGUUCUUUCCAAGGCAGAGGAUCGCGCCCAAUAUGACCGUCAGCUAGAGAUGCAGCAGAGGAGAACAUGGAACCGGGGGGCUUAUCAGGAGCCCCGUGGUCACGUGGUGCGGAACUGGGAAACUGAUCAAUGUUGGUGAACCUGUAAAGCGGAAUACUACCUAAUCCGUCAUCUGUCACUGAGAAAAAUGUUUAUAAGUCUGCUCAUAAAUUUGUGCAGUAAAACAUGUAAAUGAUUUUUCUUGUAAAGGGAUUCUUUUAACCUUAAAAUUUUGGUGCGAGUUUGAUGAUCUCAUUCAAUGUGAUUUAUGUGCUGCCAAGAGCAAAUGAUUCUGAAAUUUCUAUGGAAGGAGCCAUGCCUGGCGUCUGAGAGUAAACAUGCAGCCUAAUUUACGGAAACCCGAUGUAAUAGCAUAUGCCAGCGGCUAAUUUACAAAAUACUGUGUUUUAAUUA